CCCUAGAAAAUAAUAAGAAGAAAAUUAGAGCAACAGAUGGAGGUGGAACACAGAGGAAAGAGAAGGGGCUGUUUGUGAAUUAGAAACCCCUAUGCAGUGAGGAAAGAGGCUGAGAAGAGAAAUGGCAAAAGAAAGAGGCAUGACGCGUUCAAGUUCAGCAGCGUGGAUUCUGAUCAUCCACCUUUUGUCUAUGGGAGUGGUCUCCCGAUCUUCACAUCACUCGCAAGGGCACCAAACGAUUGGGAGAUCUGAAUCACCAAACGACGCCGUUGGGAGGAGAGUUCUGCUGAGUUUCAGAGAAACCCCAAAGGGCAGUAACGCCACUUUCGAUUGCUCUAUCUCGGGUCCCUGCGUUCCUUGCCAAUACUCCGAAAAGAAUGAUGUAAAAUAUCGCUGCAGUGAAACUGGCUACCGUAUUCCUCUGAAAUGUGUAGAAAUUGAAGAUGGUUCAAAGAAAGGGAAGAGCCAAAAAUCACCAAAUAGUCGAUCUGCCCUAGAAAACAGUUACAAGAAAAUAAAACCACAUGUAGUGCAAAAUGAAGCAGAAAAACUCUAUGCUUCAAUAAGACAUAGAAGUUUAUUGGAGGAUUCAUCCACAUUAGAAGAUGGUCUGAAGGCAUAUAUUACAUAUAGGAGCUGUAUACCACCUGUAAAUGAAGAGAAGUUGUCGGUACUUGGCUUUGAGGGUAUUAUGGUGUGCUUAUUGCUGGUUAGUGGUUCAGCUGUAUACUUCAGACGCAAGCGGAGUGUUGCAAUGCCCGGGGCUGGGCCUGUGAGAAUCCCCACCAGUUCUAGAUUUUAAAUACAGCAGGCUGUGAUUGGUAUUUUCAGGUCCUACUCCUUCCAUGGAGAUGAUUCUUGAAGGAUUAUCUUAACUCUUGAAACAUUGAAUUUGUAGGGUAAAAUUAAUAACCAAAUUGUCAAUUGCUGUUUUCUGGCUCUCAUGUAGUGGCAAAUUGUCAUGUAUUUUGUAUUUGUACUUAAAUUAUAGGAAGUUUCCAAGAUUUUGUCAA